AUGAUUCCCAUAGUACCUGAGCCACCAGCUACAUUGGAAAAUGGAAUUCCCAAGUUAAUAGUUCACUUGAUUGCUUUGAAUUUCUGCAACUUCCAUGAUAUGUUGAAUUUCAGUCUCGUUAACAAGUCUUGUUAUAACACCAUACUCAACGACAGCUCUCUAUGGAUCAGAUACUUGAAGAUAAUAGGAUCAUGGGAAGCCACUGAUAAUUCACCUAAUAAUGUUGAUUUCUCUUCAAUUUCUGCAAUUGAUUGUCUUUCUCAUCCUAUUUCUGAUCCUAAUUUGGCAAGAGAGUACUUUAUCAGAAUAUAUACCAUAAUGAAUCCUCCGGUGAACGAGAUGCUUCUAAAGAACUAUGCAAACUUUCAGAAUUCGCCCAUUUUGAGAGAGUUUGACUCCCCUAGCUUGCAGGCUAAGCUAUUUUCCAACAUGGUGAAGUUCUUGCUGUUGUAUAAGGUAGAACGAUCUGCCAAAUACCAUAGCCUGGUGAUAAGGUUAGACACAAUACUUGACCUAUUUGUCGGAACUAUAAUUCGAGAGAUUGGAAUCAAGUUGGACAAAAAACAGUAUGUUGAAGUAAAGAGCUUGAUUGAUGCUCUAAGUCAGCUCGAGAUUGAUGAUCCUGAAAUUGGAGUCGAUCCUUUGAAUUCUUUACUUGAGUUUUUCAUUGCCAGAUAUUCUGAGACGUAUUCCAAGGUGACAGACGACUCUAUAGUGAGCGAGAUAUUUGUGAAAUCGACUGAUAAAAGCAAUCAGGGUAUCGUUCACGGUUUCAAAUUGCAAUUCAGUAGAUUGGAUAUGCUAUUCAGUGGGGAUAUGGCAUCAAUUCUUAAUGAAGAAAUGCUCGAGGUUGGCAGUAUAUUCAAGCAGGUAGGUGAUUCUGAUAAUAUUAGUGAGGUGCCCAUAAUUUUGAAGCUGAUCGAAACAUUUUUAAACAGCUAUCUGAUUAGUGGUUUAAUAGACAAGAUUAUGAUCAAGGCCAGAGAAAUUGAUCAGAUAGAAGAAGAGGUUGGUACAGAGAAAAAACAGCUCGAACAGUUGAUAAAUGGAGAUUCCGGUGCGAGCAAGGAAGCCGUCAAUGAGUCUGGAAGUACUGUUACCCCUAUCUCUUCUGACGAUGACUCUCCUAUUAAUAUAAUGAACGCCAACUCACUCUUUUUCCAGUGCGUUCCGUACAUUCAUUAUAAACUUAUUUCUACGCUUCAGAACCUCCAAUUUCCCGAGACAAUGGUAGAGCAUAUUAAGAUGGAUUACAUAAAGGUUACUUGUGAGUUCGUUAAUUUUUACUAUGACCCAUACCUUCUUGAGUUUUUGGAAAAGCUUCCUAAACAGUGUCAUGACUCUUUGGUACGCAUGGUCGAUAUGUGGGAAUCCAUCAAAAUUGAUGACAAGAAGAAUAUGGAAACGGAUAUUCUUCGAAUGGUGGAUGACAGUCACGAACACAAAAAGAUUGGCCCAUUCGAUAUUUUCUCUACCUUCACCAACAUAUUCAAAUUCAACAAUGGAAGUAGCAACAAGUCCAGCACAAAGCACACGAAGGUGGAAACAGAGAAUGAAAGAAAAAUAACAAAGAUAUCCGCCAAUCUUCAGAUUCUUCUGAGCAAUGUGGAAGGAAUCAAGUCGUUGAUCAGUGUUGAUUUGACAGUGUUGGUUCUACAACAUGUUAAAAACAGCUACGAUUUAUUGCUUGGACUUACAAAAUACUCGACCACAGAAGAUCUCAAUAAGCAGCUUUAUCAGACAUGCUCUGAUAUCUUUACAGAUAUGAUGAAGGUACUAUUGUCCAGGCAUAUUGAACCCGGAUUUACGGAGGCCUUGAACACCUUGCGUAAUUACAAGCCUUCGGAUUUCCAAGAUAGAUUGAAGGCUACAUCUGUUGCUGUAGCUCCAUUGAACAAUUUUAUCGAGUUGGUCAAUGUUGGGGAUCUUAUCUUGCAAAUGGUGGGUGUUUUCUACCAAAGAGAGUUGGUGUUCAGCGGCAUUGUGAAGGCUAAGAAGGGAAAGUACAAGGAUUUCUUAUCGAUGAGCGAUUGUGAGAAAUCGAUUACAAAAUUUGAGUCCAUUUUGGAUACAUACAUGGCAGAUGGAUUAGACAUCAGCAUCAAUGUUAUCAUUAGCGAGGUUAAUUAUACUAUUCUACGAUGCGGAGUAAAUGAUUCAACCUACAAUAUGAAGAGUAUGGAGGAGCUGGCCAAGAAUCAAGAUAAAGCGUCAGAAUGGAUCCUUAAAUCUGUGGAGAUUUUGGAUACACAUUUCAUGUUACUAGAGAAAUCUAUCGACAAGUCAAUUCUCGAUGUUUUCAGACAGGAAAUUGGGGAAAGAUUGAUAGCCAUUUUCAUUAAACUGUUGACAAAACGAUUUGUGAUAUCUGUAAUGGGAGCCAUUCAAUUCAUCACUGACGUAAACUACUUAUAUGAUUUCUUUGUGAAAUAUCGUGUCAAGCCAACAGUACAGUACUUUAUCAGUUUCAAGCAGAUUAGUCAGUUGUACUUGAUCGACUGCUCUGAGGACAGAAAGCAGUGCAAAGAAUUAGGGCGAUUAGUUGUGGAACUCGGUCGAGAGAAUGGUGUAUUCUCACCGGAAGAGGUGUAUCAGUUCGUGACAAGACGUGCUGAUUGGGCCAAGAUCAAAAAAGCGGUCGAUAAGAUCAUGUAUGGAUUUAGUUCGGACGAUUGCAUAAUCAUGUAA